AUGCUCAGUUUCGAGCCGUCGCACGCCGCCAAUGCACGUAACAUGAAACUGCUCUUGGAGCCCCUCUACGGGCCGAAACCCUACUUUGACGACUCCUGCUGCUCCGAGCCCAACUCUCCGGAUUCGGGAUUCUCCUCCGACGACAGCAUCGCAUCGGACGUUUCAUUCACGGAGAGAUUGUAAGUGAAUCACAAGUUGUUUACCCAAAAAAAGAAAAGAAACCAUCUGAUUCUCUUCGUUUCCUCUCUCGCUCACGUUGACUAUCCCCUCUUUGUUCCAAUUUGUGAUAUCAAUUGCCGACGGGUACAUACAACAAUUCGGCAUCUGUUUUCGUUUGCCACUUUCAAAGAUAAACAAGGGCGGCCGCCUCCAGUGACGUGAGAGAGUUGGCGACAGGCGGUUUCUCUGGAAGCGCAAUCAGAAGUAUCAAAAGACCUCGAUACGUGAGACAUGCAAAAAGUUGCCGUCGGUAUCCCUUGGCCCGUCUCGGUCUCUCCGUGCCGCCGCGCCUCUAAAGUUUAUCAUCAGAGUACGUUCACUUUUCGCGAAUCUUCACAGUCACGUGGUCUGGCGUACCACAAUUAUAAAAGAGCUCCAGCUAGGUGGUCAUGGCUGACCGAUGAAGUCCAGAACUCUAGUCCCGUUCUAUAAGCCCACCAAUAAUCUUCCUCUAUGGGAACAUAGUGAGAGAGAUGAGGAAGACGAUGAGCUUCCCGGACUAAGACGGUCCUCUAUCUCUUCCCUACCGUAAUCAUGAACCAUUUUUCAGCAAUCGCGCCAAGACUCUCCCGUCCGCCCUCCGCCGCAGUCGAUCGAAACAGAGUGUGAAGCGUGUUCGAUUCGCCGACUCGCUGGGACUCGAUCUUGAGAACCUGCAGUACUUUGUGAAAGAGGAUCUGAGCCAGCAGCAGAUCAUCCGCUUCUCUUCUCCACCAACUUCAUCGUUCUCUUCCCCGCCAUUAAUUCCGAAGACACGCAUCAAUCAGCCGGCUCCACGGCUUGUCCUCCACAACUUUCCCUAUCGUUCCGAGCACGAAUACAACGAGAAGACGCGGGAAACGCGCGUUUGCGUCACUGCUCUGCGUGUCUCCGGAAGCAGCAUCGUCGGCCAGGUCAACUUGCUCAACGUUGCAUUCAACAAAGAAGUAGUGGUACGGUACACCGUCGACGGCUGGGAUUCUCAGGAUGAAGUCGUUGCCAGCUACAGUCACCGCAUGUUCGCCACCGAAGACAUUGAUGCGUUCAACUUUACAAUUGCCAUCCCAAUCAAAGUCACGGUAAGGUUUUCAGCUGGAUGCUCCAGUUUUAUUUUAAUGAUUUCAGGAAGGCAAAUGCGAGUUCUGUGUGCAGUACCGAGUGGCCGGAGACGAGUACUGGGACAACAACAGCGGCUCGAACUACGUGGUGACCGUGUCGAUGAGCGGAGCAGGAGCCUCCUCCCUGCUGCCCCGCUACGGAACGAUGCCAGUCGAGAGCAGCCGCCGUGUGUCCGGAGUCCUUCCUCCAGUGCCUUCUUCGCGAGGAUCCGCCCGUCGUCAGCAGCGUCGUUGGGGGCGGUCUGUGGAUGAAUCGGACGAGGAGAAGGAGCUGGCGUACGCGCCGAGCCGAAAAGCCUUCCAAUGA